UGUUUUGUAUUGUGACCGAUUUAACUCAAACGGCAUACUAAACAAAGGAUAGGUUCUUUGUUAUUCAUGAGCAAGCUUAAGUUACCAGCGUCUUCAAGCAUUUCACAUAGUUGCGUAUCCUUUUAAUGAUAGUCUACUGUAAAUACACAUGGGAGCAUUACGUCACCAUAUCCUCACUGACAGAACGGUCCACGGAAGAACUAACGGGACCAACUGAGUUUGUGUGGGUGUUGUUAAUGGUACUGGGGAUUGCAACGAUUAGCCACAGAUUUCAGAGGACUGGGUUAGUCAGCAUAGGUGGAUGCUGGGGACUGGUUAACGAAGCUUCAGGUGUGAGGGGCCCACACUGGGAGACAUGAGUACAGGAAAGCCCAGCGGCCUCAAACCCCCCUCCAAGAUCAGCAGGCCGGGUCCAACCGCCAAGACUUCUCCCUCCUCUGCUGGUCCCAAACCGGUCCCUCCAACCAGCAGUGGCUCUCCAGGCCCUCAGGACUCACCCGGGGCCGGGGCCGGGGACUUUCAUGUCGGCGAGCGUGUUUGGGUGAACGGGAACAAGCCUGGCUAUGUGCAUUUUGUGGGAGGAACCCAAUUUGCGCCCGGCCAAUGGGCGGGCAUCGUUUUGGAUGAACCCAUCGGUAAGAACGAUGGUUCUGUGGCAGAGGUACGCUACUUCCAGUGCGAUGAUCAACGCGGGAUCUUCACCCGCCCCUCCAAGCUGUCCCGAACCCCAGUGGCGGAGCCAGAUGCCAAUGGUGCCCCGUCAAAACCCAAGCAGGCUGCCCCUGCUGCCAGUGCCAGCGUCAGCGCCAGUGCCGCUGCCCCUGCCCCUGGUACUGCCACGCCUGCCUCUGGGGCUAAGGGCCUGAGACCCAGUGAGUCAGUCUCCAAUCUGUCUGAGACGGACUCAACCAAGGCGAAACGAGUACUGAAGCUGGGGGACAGAGUCCUGGUGGGUGGAACUAAGGCGGGUGUAGUGCGUUUCCUGGGAGAGACGGACUUUGCCAAGGGUGAUUGGUGUGGAGUGGAACUGGACGAACCACUGGGGAAGAACGAUGGAGCUGUAGCUGGUGUCAGGUAUUUCCAGUGCCAGCCCCGAUACGGGCUGUUUGCUCCCACACACAAGGUGACGCGUAUCGGCUUCCCCUCCACCACGCCGUCCAAAAGCGCCACCAGGAGGGCCGGGCUCAGACGCAGCCCCAGCGGCUCUUCAGCCAGCUCUCUCAGCUCGCUCGCCUCCUCUACAGGGGGCAAACCCAGCAGAGCAGGCCUGCUAACGGAGACGUCAGCGCGGUAUGCCCGUAAGAUCUCGGGCACCACGGCCCUGCAGGAGGCUCUGAAGGAGAAGCAGCAGCACAUCGAGCAGCUGCUGGCCGAGCAGGACCUUGAGAGGUCAGAGGUCGCCAAAGCAACCAGUCACGCUGGGGAGGUGCAGCAGGAGAUGGCGCUCCUCAGGCAGGUUCAGAAACAGUAUGUGGUUGAGAUGGAGGCUAAGCUGGACCAGCUGAGGAGGAUGGUGGAGACUGCAGACAGGGAUAAAGUGGAACUCCUCAAUCAGCUGGAAGAGGAGAGGAGGAAAGUUGAAGACCUUCAGUUCAGUGUAGAAGAAGCUUGCAUUACCAAAGGUGACCUUGAGACGCAGACCAAACUGGAGCAUGCCCACAUAAAGGAACUCGAACAGAGCCUGCUCUUUGAAAAGACCAAAGCUGACAAACUCCAGAGAGAGUUAGAAGACACUAGGCUGGCCACAGUGUCAGAACGCUCACGCAUCAUGGAGCUGCAGCAGGAGGUGGUGGACCUGCAGCAGACACUAGCAGCCGCACACGCCGCUGGAGGCCCAGACUCUCCACCCGCUCAGGAAAAAAAGGUGAAGGAGCUGUCUGGCGAGCUGGAGGGGAAACAGAGGGAGGUGACGUCCCUCCAGCAGAGGCUCAGCUCAGCAGAGCAGGAGAGGACCUCCCUGCAGGAGCAGCUUAGCAACUUGAAAGAAAAACUUGAUGCAGCUUCCCUAGAAAACCAGAAGACUGCCAAAAGUAUGCAAGAGCUGGAGCAGAGCCUGACUGAGGAGCGGGAACAGAGGGAUCAAGAAGAGGAGGUGCGGAAAGAGGAGCACCAGCAGGAGGUGAAGCAGCUGCAGGAGAAAGGACAGACAGCAGAGGAGGAGCUGCAGAAGGCACAGGCCCAGGAAAGCGAGUCGGUUAAGAGCCUCUCACAGUCCCUGGAGACCAUGACUCGGGAGAAGGAGGAAAUGCAGCAGCAGCUGGAGGCUCUGAAACAGAAGAACUGUGAGUACCAGCAGGAGCUCUGCCUCUCGCAGGAGAAGCUCAGUGUGGAGAGCCAGCACAUCGGGAGCCUGAGCCAAGAGAUUGAGGAGUUGAAGCUCGCCACCAACCAGAAGAGCCAGCGUCUGGCGGCGCUCCAGGAGGAGAACGGGAAGCUGGCCCACGACCUCGACCUGAAUCGGCACGAGGACCAUGCCCACAAGAAGCUUGAAGAUAAUCUCGCCAACAACCAGCUAGAGAACUCGGAGAGGGAUAACUCCAGUGCUUUAAAGAUGGACAAAGACAAAGAGUUAGAGACACUUCGAAAUGAGAUUGCCCUGCUGCGUGGGGAGCGUGCCAUGGCAGAGACGCUGCGCUCAGCUGUGGAGACCCUGGAGAAGGACAAAUCCCAGCUGCAGAACCGAGUCCUCAGCCUGGAGCAGCGGCUCUCUGAAGAACCAACAGCAGGGGGCGACAAAACACCCUCAGGUGAUGCAGCCCUUGACCAGCUACGGGAGGAGAAGGAGUUUGCUGAGGGACAGAUAAACUUCCUGAACUCGGUCAUCGUGGACCUCCAGAGGAAGAAUGGGGAGCUGAAGGUGAAGCUGGAGAAGAUGGUCUUGACCGAGUUCAAUGGGAAUGACGAGGACGAAGGCUUAAGAGAAAGGAAGUCCAAGAAAAAGGACCAUCCACGGGUGUUCUGCGACAUCUGCGACUGCUUCGACAAGCACGACACGGAGGACUGCCCCACCCAGGCCCAAUCGCCCGACACGCCCCCCCACACCACCUACCACGGCCGCCUGGGGGACCGCCCCUACUGUGACAUCUGCGAGGCAUUCGGACAUGCUACGGAGUCCUGCAACGACGACCAAACUUUCUAGAACAUUCCGUUUAAAGUACACCAUUCCUGCCUGAGAUCAGGCACCGCACAUUCCGUUUCCUUCGGAAUUCCUAUUUUUCUAUGUUCUUUGUACGUAUGUGUGUGUCCUCGUCAUAAUUUCCUUACUAAAAUAUCCACGUCAGAGAUUAACCCAUAAUCUUUCCCGUUCAACUCAAGGUUGAAAAUGCGCAGGAAGCUUUGCUGCUUGUCUCAAAGGAAUUGAUAUUUUUGUGUGUCCUGUACUGUAACUCAGUACUGUGUAACUAUGACUUCCCAGUGAAAUCAGAUACAUAAACGCACGUGUUCCACAUAAAACAGCCACAGGAAAAACUAGAUUCGCGGAGCCAGAUGUAUAUUACAGUACAGGUCUCGGGACAACCACGUCAAAACUUGGUCCAAAUGAGGAUGGGAACAAUUAGCGUGUUUAGUUCAUUUGAAUCAUUCCAAACCAAUCCAAUGCCUUGCGACGGUGGAGCUCAAACAAGCAAAGUGAAAGUAGAUUCAAACAGAUUACAGUAAAGGUGAGUUGUGCUUUUGUCACGUCGUGGGCAGAUUUUACAAGGAUAGCUAGCUCCCAGCAGUAACAGCUAAAUUAUGUUUCACAAGCAAAGUUCCGGAGGAGCCCAGCACGGUGAUUGACAGAUGUCACAUCUCUUACUUCUGUCAUUUGAAGAGAUUUAUAUCACUCUUACCCUCCAGUCACGUUACACACGCCAGUGAACUCACGAAACCAAAACUCAAACAUGUUGUCUCCAGACGAGUACUCCGGGCACACCUGCCAAAGUGACACCUGACCCCGCAACACCACAUGAAAACUGACAUCUUUCAAAGAGCAAAUCAUGCUGUAUCUAGAUCUAGAGGUUCCAUAGUGUCGGCCACACCAGCCAAUAAAACGUAUUGCACUGCUCACUUUAAUCCUUUAUGCAUUCAAGCACUCCCUUUUAACGGUCAUUCUACAAAACUAUUUAAGUUAUACUUUUUAUAUGAAAUGUAAAAAUACUUGUUAUAUCAUGUUAUGUGUUAUGUUAUCUCUGCAAGACACCAGUUAUCGAAGCACACAUUUGGAUCAUAUUGUAUCUGUCAAGUAUGGGAAAGCUGUAAAUUUGAUAAGAUAAACAAAUGAGAUUUGUUCGUUUUUAAAGCUGUGGUAUGUGAUCUCUACUUUCUUCCAUCUUUAUAUAUGAGGGCAGUACAUACUGAUAAACAUUUUGCCAGUUUAGCCAUUUUGAAAACAAUUACAGCAGGUUACUAGAAGGAUUCAUCCACAUAUUUUAGCAAUUAUUUUGGCUUACACAAUGUCUAUUCAAAAAGAUGGGAGCUUUUGAGAGAUUUUAAAAGGGAGUUUUUUUGUCAUUGUUAGUUUGCUAUAACCUUUACCAGAAAUCACAUACUGCAACUUUAAAAUACAGCUGCAUUUUGGAAGGAAAUUGCACAUAUGGUGCCAUAGGACUGAAAUUAUUUAACAUAUAUUUUCAGAUUAAUUCUGUUUGUAUGAUAAUGACGACAUUAUUUGACACUUGUAUUAGCAGCAUUUAUUCACAACGCUUUGUGGACUUUCUACAUACAAUUGUGAUGGUCUUUAGGUAGUGCACUGUUUUAUGUACUGUUAACUUGUACUAAUUCAAUAUAUGUAAUAUAUUGCAAA